AUGUCGCUCGAGCAAAUCUCUCAAAACCUCACCUUUGAUGGCACUUUGACCAAGUACAAGACCACGUCCGCCUCCCUCGGGGGCCUCGAGACCCAGUUCAAUGUCUUUGUGCCCAAGCAAGCCAGCGCAUCGUCCAAAGUGCCGUCAGUGCCAUUCAUCCGGCGUCCUGCCAGUUCGGGGGUUGUACACCCAACACGCGAGCUGACCCUGGCAGCCUGGCCCUUUCCGCAGCGUCCUGUACUACUUGGCUGGAUUGACGUGCAACGAAGACACGGCGUGAGUCGCCACCUCCCCGUCGCGAUCUGAUCAGGACGACCUUGAGCCGAUCUGUAUAGUUCGGGUGUGGGGCUCAACCUUCAGCCGUCAGCCGGCGAUCGGUCAACCAUAACCUUGGGCUGCCGCACAAGGAGCACACCCAGAACUAGCACUCCGUCACCACUGGGUUCCUUCCAUUCACGAUACUGAUUCUCUCAUCUUGGCUCGCUUCCCCCGCAGCCCAUGGAAGGGAGGCUUCAUCCGCGAUGCCGCGCAAGAAGGCAUCGCACUCGUGUUCCCAGACACCUCACCGCGAGGCGCCAUCAUUCAAGGCGAGGACAAAGACUGGGAUUUUGGUACAGGUGCCGGGUUCUGUACGUCCGCUGCAAGCCAGCCUCGAUGACGUCCCAUGCGUUUGCGAACAAUGUCCAGACCCGAUCGGUUGAGCUUACCACCGCCUCGCAGACCUCAACGCGACGCAUGACAAGUAUGCAAAGCAUUACAACAUGUAAGAGCGAUCAUGUCGUUCUAACGGACAUUGAAUCUCACCCGCUCACCCCCUGCCACUUCGACGCUUUGACCACCCUCAGGUACGACUUUAUCACUUCGGAACUGCCUUCGCUCCUGUCUACGCUUCCGAUCGACACCCAGCGCUCGAGCAUCUUUGGCCAUUCGAUGGGGGGACAUGGCGCCCUCGUCCUCUACCUCAAGACCAAAGGCCAGUACCGCUCCGCCUCGGCAUUCGCACCCAUCACCAACCCGACCAAAGCUCCCUGGGGUAAGUCCCCGCCACCGGUGCUGGCUCGGGUAAUCGAUUGUUCCGACGCGCGUAUGACCAAGGCCCGGACUGCCGGCGCCUCGUCAACUCGAGUUCGAGUCACUCACACCAUACUCGGCUGUUUGGAACAGGUGAAAAGGCCUUCUCGGGUUAUCUCCAAGGCGGCGUCGAAGAAGGUCAAGCCUACGAUGCUACCCACUUGAUCGCCGACGCUGAAGGACAGGACCUGCACAUCCUCGUUGACGUCGGCACCGGUGACGAUUUCUACAAAAAGAAGCAGCGUGAGUCAGAUGCGUCUGCGCCUAGCUCAUGCUUCCAUCCUGUGCUCAUGAUCCUUGGGGGCUCAACACACGCGUUGCGCAGUCCUCCCUGAAAACUUUAUCGAGGCGGCCAAGAAAGCGGGCUUCUCCGAGGAGCAAGUCAAGGUCUCCCUUCACGAAGGCUAUGACCACUCGUACUACUUCAUCAGUACCUUUGCACCGGGUAAGUACAGGGCGUGUUCUCGCUGCAUUGAACUAUGUGUACAAGACGUGUGACUGACGUCUGGCCCUUCACUUCGACUCGACCACUCUUCCGAGUAGGCCACGUCAAGUACCAUGCCAAGUACUUGAAGGCGUAA